UGGAAACUACGUUUAUGCAACAGGAACAAGGCUUCUGAACCGGAAGCGAUUCCCGGUACUGUAGCUCCUCCUACAUCCCACAGUGCAUAGCGACUCGUUGCUCUUCCAGGCUAUAUGUGUCGGUGAGGGCUGAGAUCGCUGAUUGUGGAGGACCUUUAAUACUAUGGCAGCCGCUACCAUAGUGCAUGAUACAUCUGAAGCUGUUGAACUAUGUCCGGUGUAUGGGCUGUAUCUAAAGCCCAUCCUAAAGAUGAUCAUCAGUGUGGCACUCCCACAACUGAAGCAACCAGGAAAAUCCAUCUCUAAUUGGGAAGUAAUGGAGCGUCUUAAAGGAAUGGUGAAUAACCACCAGUUUUCUACUUUACGGAUCUCCAAAAGCACCAUGGACUUCAUACGCUUUGAAGGGGAAGUAGAGAACAAGAGUUUGGUUAAGGCUUUCAUAGUUUCUCUGGAUGGUAAGAGUAUAAAGCUGAGUGGCUUUUCCGAUAUUUUAAAAGUCAGAGCAGCCGAGUAUAAAAUAGAUUUCCCCACAAGACAUGAUUGGGACUGUUUUUUCCGUGAUGCUGGAGACAUGAAUGAAAAUCUCCCAGGAGAGAGACCGGACACAAUACAUUUAGAAGGCCUUCCUUGCAAGUGGUUUGCUUCAAAAGAUUCAGGCUCUGAGAAGCCUAGUGAAGAAGUCCUUGUGAAGGUCUUUAGCAUGUUUGGAGAGAUUAGGAAUGUAGACAUCCCUAUGCUUGAUCCUUACAGAGAAGAAAUGACUGGUAGGAACUUCCAUACAUUCAGUUUUGGUGGCCACUUGAAUUUUGAAGCUUAUGUGCAAUACAAAGAGUAUGUUGGUUUUGUGAAGGCCAUGAAUGCACUGCGUGGCAUGAAGCUGAUGCACAAAGGAGACGAUGGAAAAGCUGUGGCCUGUAACAUAAAGGUCUCUUUUGAUACCACUAAGCAUUUGAGUGAGGGGUCUAUUAAAAAGCGUCAACUUGAACGUCACAAACUCCAAGAACUGGAGCAGCGACGAGAAGAGCAGAAGAGAAAGGAGAAAGAAGCUGAGGAGAGACAAAAAGAGGAGGAACGUAAACAAAAAGAGCUGGAAGAGAUUGAAAAAGAAAAAAAACGAAAAGAAAAGAUUAAAAGGAAGGAAGAGAAGCAGCGGGAACGGGAGGCUCGCAAGAACAAGAAAAAAAUGCAAAAGCUGCAGGCAGAGGAGCAAAAGAGGUUACAGGAGAAAAUCAGAUAUGAAGAGAGAAAGCUUUUACUGGCCCAGAGGAAUCUGCAGUCCAUCAGAUUAAUUGUAGAGCUUCUAAGUAGAGUAAAGGCUGUGAAGAUUCGGGAACAGGAGGAAAAGGAAGCCGAUAGACUUCACCUCCUCCAGUUAGAAGAGAGAAGAAAACAACAGGAGGCUGAACUCAGACGUGUUGAGGAGGAAAAGCAGCGUACGUUGAGCUUACACCGUAAAGAGAGAGAGUUGAGAGAAAAGCUGGUGAGUAGCCUUCUCAACAGAAACUUGUGCUCUGCACCUCCGAUCAAAGCGGAUCCUGAAGCACAGCUAUGCUACCCUAUCCAACACAGCGAAAAUUUCCCUUGUGACUCUUCACUGAACUAUGUCACCUCUACCUCAAUGCAGACAUUAGAGUAUGAGACACUCAGGCCUCACAUUCACUAUGCAAACUCUGCUCUUCAUGUGGCAAAUGGGUUCUGUUUGGAAGACUCCCCGCUCCAGAAGCAUAAACAGAUUAAUAUAAUUAACCCAGGAAAACCCCUGUACUCCCUUACCAGCAUUCUUGGCAAUACUAUCCUGCAUCACAAUACAAUGGGUAAUGAUCCACGAUUGAAGGAAGUUGAAACCCUCCAAAACGAAGCUGAACUUGAUGGUACUAUUGGGCAACUUAUAAGUAGGAAACACCCUGGCACUCAGGACAAAGAACACAAGCCUAAGACCAAACACAAAAGGGACUCUAGUAGAGAGACGGAUGAACACAAAAAAGUAAAGAAGUCACACAAGAAGCAUUCCUCUAGGGAUCACAGCCAACACAGAAGAAGCAAUAGCUCAGGAAGUAGCAAACGUAAAAGUCGAGAACUAAAAAGCAGGCGCACUCAUAAAGACAAGUAUCACCGAAGAUCACAUAGCAGAGAGCGGAAUUCUUGGAGUAGCUGAAGUCGCUAUAUGUACUGCAGCAUGUUUAAAGUGGGUCAGACUUGAAGCUUUCAGUCUACUGCGCAAGCUGUACAUACAGGCAACUUUCUUUUAGGUUUUUAAAUGGUCCAAUUCAGUCCCAUGAAAAUUUGAACAAGAAUAGUUCAAUUACAGUUUUGUAAAAACUUACCUAAAAGAUAAUUUCCUAGUGGCUUCUGUUUUAGGGACCAUAUAGGGUUGCAAAAAAGUUGCAGGUCUAAGUAAUAAAGUAUAUUUAUUUUUCAAUUUUUGGUUGAAACCAUUUA